AUGGUUGUGGAUGACGGUGAGGGCAGCCACCAAGACGACUCAGUGGAUGAGUUGGAGAGACUCAGGCAACAAGUAGCAGAAUUGAACUUGAAAAAUGAGAAGCUUGACUUAGAACUGCAGUCCGCUAAGUCGUCUCGGGAUGUGAGUGUGGGUCUUUGCUCCAAACUGUGGAAAGAGCAAAAGACAUUGGAAGAGGAGCUCAGGCAGACAAAGGAAAGCCUGGUCCUGCACAAAUUUGACAUCCGUAGGUUCUCUGAGAAGGCCCACAUGGUGAAGCUCUACACCGGCUUCACGUCAUUUGACAUGUUGAUGGCAUGUUUUCACUAUCUGGAGUCAGACGCUGCUGAGAUGCGAGCUUGGAAAGGAUCGAGGACGAAGCUUGAUGGUGAGCGACUCGGGAGAAAGAAUGGUCCAUUGCCUAAACUCAGCCUGGAGAUGCAAUUCUUCUUUGUAUGUGUCAGGUUACGGCAAGGACUCGUGUUGGACGAUCUGGCAGAUCGAUUCAAGGUGGACAGUUCAACCCUGUCAAGCUACUUCACGUCAUGGGUGAAUUUGAUAUAUGUGACCUUUAAAGAAAUGCUGGUGUUUCCGUCUCGUCGGCGUAUCGACAAAGACAUGCCCAAAUCUUUCAAGAUAUACUACCCCACUACUAGAGUCAUCACAAGCAGAAUCGCUUAA